AUGAACAGAAGUGGAUCGGUAUUUUCAUUCUCAAGUGAGGAUCCAGACCCCCUUGAUAUUGCUGAAAACUACUACUCCAAUGACACACAAGCCAAAACAAAGGGUACCAAGCCUCGUGCCCAAUCAUUGGUAGAAAUAAAGAGGUACUUUAAUGAUCCUACGUUUGGAUUCGAAUCAUCUAUCCUUAUUGAUCCAUCGGCCAUUGCUGUUGAAUCUGAUGCCGAGGAAGAAGAUCACACAUCUCCAAGCACUUCCCCUGAUAACGAUGAUAACAAAGACCGUUUCGUGACUUUGGAACAAAUCAAAGAUAACAUUGUUCCGAUUUACUCUGAGAACAACUCCAGAGUGGAAACCCCCCCUACUGACGAAGACUUUGAUCCUCUGGGUGCAAAUGGUAGUAAUAACAACAAUACUAUGCAACCGGAGAAGUUGAACUGGGCCUUAAAGAAUAUCAAUCUCAAUAACUCGAUCCCUCAGAGAAGACUGUCGAUUGACGGAACCAGAAGUAGACCCAAGAAAUUCUUCAUCAAUGAUAUCGACUCAACUUUGGAUGAGUUGUUGCGUAACGAAGACACCGACCACAAUCAGCAGAUCACCAUCGACGAUGGAGGUCCCAAGGUCUUGAAGUUGGGUACUUCUGGUUCUCAAGGCUACAAGACAGCCACUGUCUCCGGCAACUACAUGUUGGCUAACUUGUUACAAGAAUUAACGUUGGCUAAGGGCCAAGGAAGACUGUCUGUUGUGUUGGACGAAAGAAGAUUGAAUGAGAACCCUGUUGAUAGAAUGAAGAGGUUUAUCACCACCAUUUUUUGGAAAUCUCUUACUAGACAAGUGACUCCUGAGAACAUCAUGUUGAUGACCAAAGAUACAAAGAUCAAGGAAGAAUAUAUUGAUGAGAAUGGUAACAUCCAAAGGAAGAACGAAACCCAUAGAAUCUAUGUUCCUGCUGAACUAACUGAACAAUAUGAAUACUUUCAAACAUUGAAGAAGCGUAACCCCGGUUUGGAAGUUGAACGAUUACCCCUGAAAAUUGAUGCCACUUUCAUUAAAUCCCUUAAUAAUAAACCAGGAUUAUUGGCUUUGGCAUAUGAAAAGGACCCUCUGGAUCCUAAGAACUUGAUACAUGAACCUUACAUUGUUCCUGGUGGAAGAUUUAAUGAGUUUUAUGAUUGGGAUUCUUAUAUGAUUACGUUGGGUUUAUUAUUGAACGUUACACCUGAAGAUCAAACCAAUUUAAAGAUUGCCAAAGGUAUGACUGAAAAUUUCAUUUACUCCAUCAAAUAUUAUGGGAAAUGUCUAAAUGCCAAUAGAUCGUACUAUUUGGGACGUUCACAGCCGCCAUUUUUAACAGAUAUGGCACUUCGUGUAUUCAAUAAGUUCAUCGAAGUUAAUCCAGAUAAGAUUGAAGAAGGUAUUGAUUUCUUAAAGAGAGCCAUUAUUGCUGCUAUUAAAGAAUAUAAAACAAUCUGGACUGCAAAACCAAGAUUAGAUGAAGAAACAGGUUUAUCAUGUUAUCAUCCCGAAGGUUUAGGAGUUCCACCAGAAACAGAAUCUACCCAUUUCGAUACAGUUUUGAAUCCAUACUCUUUGAAACAUAACAUUUCCAAAAAGGAAUUCAUUGAAAAGUAUAAUUCUGGGGAGAUUGAAGAACCUGAUUUGGACCGUUAUUUUGUUCAUGAUCGUGCAUUAAGAGAAUCUGGUUUGGAUACAACAUACAGAUUUGAAGGAUGUUGUGCUGAUUUGGCCACUAUUGAUUUGAAUUCCCUUAUCUAUAAAUAUGAAACUGAUAUUGCCUUUAUUUUGGAGAGUUUCUUCCAGGACAAGUUGGUUAAUCCUGAAACUGGUGAAUUAUAUGAAAGCAGUGCAGUUUGGAAUGAGAGAGCAGCAAAGAGAAAGGAUGCUGUUACCAAAUACUUAUGGAAUGAAGAAGAUAAGAUCUUUUACGAUUGGAAUAUUCGUACCAAGGAGCAAAUCAAUUAUGAAUCAGUCACCAGUUUUUGGCCUCUUUGGUCCAAAUUGGCUACUCCAGAACAAGCUGAGAAAUUGGUUACACACUCUUUAUCGAAAUUUGAAGAGUAUGGUGGUUUAGUCUCCGGUACUUUAAGAUCUCGAGGUGAGGUUUCAUUGCAUAGACCAUCUCGUCAAUGGGAUUAUCCAUAUGGAUGGUCACCGCAACAAAUCUUAGCUUGGUUAGGUCUUUCCAACUAUGGUUACAAUGGUAUUGCCAGAAGAGUUGCCUACAGAUGGUUGUUCCUCAUGACCAAAGCCUUUGUUGAUUACAAUGGAGUGGUGGUUGAAAAGUAUGACGUAACCAACAAGAGAAACCCGCAUAAGGUUGAUGCCGAAUACGGUAACCAAGGUACAGAUUUUAAAUGCGUUGCAACUGAAGGGUUUGGUUGGGCCAAUGCUUCAUAUUUGGUGGGUUUAACCUUUUUAAAUGAACAUGCCAAACGGUCUUUGGGAGUCUUAACACCACCGGAUGUGUUUUUGUCAAACUUGAAUUCAACUCAAAGAGUAUUGUAUGAAUAA